AUGCAAAUGAAAAAUGCCGAAACGCUACUAAAUGCAUUAUGCACGAUCGAAAAUGACAUGGAAAACAUAUUAGUAUUACCUGAUCAUCACUGUCUUUAUAUUGAUACAGGCACUGCUGAAGCAUACAACAUCCAGAGCUUUGUUAAAGUGCGCAAGGUCAGUGGAAUCAAUUCACUGGGAUGUAUUGACAGUCAAUACAUUAUAAAUACACAGAUACAGGGUAAAAGUGGAUCACUUGUGUUCUUCACUAAAGAUUUCAAAUACGCCAUAAAAACAAUCAGGAAGUCAGAGCUUUCAUGCAUUUGCCAGAUGGCUCCCGAAUACAGUACAUAUAUUGAACAAAAUCCAAACUCAUUGCUUUGUAGGAUACUUGGAUGCUACAGUCUCAAGACCUGUAUUUCUACAGAAUACUUCAUCAUAAUGAAGAACAUACUUGAAGGUUGCUCUACACCAGACGCAAUGCAUGCAGACGAAGUCUAUGAUCUUAAGGGCGUCAAUGUAUGUAGAGAAGGACAGUCACUGCAGAACCUUAAAGAGACGAAUUGGAUAAAAAACAACAAAAAAAUUGAGAUACAUAGCAGACCAGUAUUUGUGUCUCAGAUGAGAAGAGACUUAUUGUUUUUGAACAAGCAUAAUGUUAUGGACUACAGUCUUCUUGUAUGUUUUAAAUCUGUGCCAACUAAUAGAAGUCAUGGUGAAUCGUAUCUACCGAAUGCAGAGGAUCAGAAACAACAUGUAAGUGAUGUGCACUUUGGAAUAAUAGACAUUCUUACGCAAUGGAACUUCAGAAAAAGAACCGAAAGAUUGUUGAAUCUAUUCUGUUGUAAUUCUUCAAGCUCUUGUAUCGAUCCAGAUGCAUACAUGACCAGGUUUCUUGCAAUGGUUGAGUCGGACUUUUUAUGCUGA